CAGUAUAAGACCCCUGCCCGGGAGAUGGCUGGCCACACAGGCUGGGCCCCGCCAUGGGCCAGAUGGCAGGCGACCUUGGCUGGCGGCUCAGCCUCUUGUUGCUCUCCUUGCUCCUGGCUCGUGCUGGUGUUUGGGGAUUCCCGAGGCCGCCAGGGAGGCCCCCCCUGAGCCUGCAGGAGCUGCGGAGGGAGUUCAAGGUCAGCCUGCACCUCGCCAGGAAGCUGUUCUCCGAGGUUCGGACCCAGGCCCACCGCUUUGCUGAAUCUCACCUGCCAGGAGUGAGCCUGGACCUCCUGCCCCUGGGAGAUCAGCUCCCCAAUGUCUCCCUGACCUUCCAGGCCUGGCACAGCCUCUCUGUGCUGGCUGCGGGGCUCAACCUCCCCGAGGAGGAAGAUGACGAGGAGAGGAAGGAGCUGCUCCCAGGGGCUCCGAGUGGCCUCUCACGGGUGUCAGGGCAGCCGUCCUGGCCCCAGCUCCUCUAUACCUACCAGCUGCUGCACUCCUUGGAGCUCGUCUUAGCUCGGGCCGUAAGGGACUUGCUCUUACUCUCCCAAGCCGGAAACCCAGCCCCGGCCUCGGGGUCCUCAUUCGGCUCCCGGCCCUGAUGGGGUGACCGCUCAGCCCCUUCCCUUCGCCCUUCAUUCAGUUCGGGCCAACGGGACAGCCUCCAGCUCGUCUGCCUUAAA